AUGCACUCCAAUUCGCUUCUAUGGUCCGCCGCUUUUGGCGCGGCCAGUGCUUACACUGUUACGACUUCUGAUAGAUUCAUGCUCAAGAACAUUGAUCCUAUUGUUUAUCCCGGACAGUAUGACAAGAGCCACAUGCAUUCAUUCUUUGGCUCGGAUGCAGUCACCAUUAACACAACCACAUCGGCUGAAGUGCAAGCCGGUUGCUCAAGCACUGCCAACCCCAACGACUACUCUGUUUAUUGGGUCCCUACUUUGGUCUACACCAGUCCCAGCGACGGCGUGCAGUACCCUGUGCCCGUGAACCGCUUCAGCGCGUACUACGUCUCCAUCAACGCCGCCGAGGUCGCCAUUCCCCAAAACUACCGGGGCGUGGCCGGCAACGCCUCGGCCACGUCGCAGGACGAGGUCAACAGCCUGGCGGGCAUCUCUUGGUUCUGCGAGGGCGACAGCGACCAGCCCGAAAAGGACGACGCGGCGUUCCCGCUCAAGACGUGCAGCACGCACCUGCAGACGCUGCUGCUGUUCCACGACUGCGUCAACGAGGACACGCUCGAGUCGGCCUACUCGGGCACGCAGAACUGGAACUCGACCUUUCGCCCCACUAACCGCUGCCCCGAGGGCAUGAAGCGCAUGCCGCAGCUUCGCUUCUCCAUCCGCUACGACCUGCGCACGGCGCUCCCCGAUGGCUGGGAGGGCCAGCCGCCCCUCGAGCUCGCCUGCGGCCCGGGCUACUGCUCCCACGGCGACUUUAUCAACGGCUGGCUCCCCGAGGCUGCCGAGAACAUGCUCCUGGCCAACAGCAAGACCGAGUUUGCCGGCGUCGACGGCCCCGACGGCGCGUACAAUGCCGGCUCCGUGUGCGGUGCUGAGAAUGCCACGGACGCGGAUCCCGACAAUGGCACGAGCGAUUACGCCGAGAGCGUCGCUUUGAUGUCGAAGCGAGCUGUCAGCAGCCGCAGACGUGCCGCGACUGCUUAA